AUGGUUCCUCAUAUCCCAGCCGAGAUACUUACUUUGAUCUUCGAGCAUCUCCACCACGAAGAUGAUCGAACGACUCUGGCAAACAUCGUCCAGGCGUUCAAGUGGUUUCGGACACAUGGCCAGCCCCCAUUGUACCGCUCAUUCGAGGUCUACCCGCCCUGGCAUGAUUACCACUACGACCAUCGCCGCGCAGUCACGCCGUUCUACCGUGCCAUUGCAGAGUCUCCGCAUCUCCGCCCGUACCUGGAAGAGUGGGCUCGGCUUUCUGAAACAACUCGCCUGCUGUCUCUGACGAGGGUCCGGACGGCUUUUCGACUACCGCAAAGCACAACGACACACACAUCCACAAUCUCGGAUCACCUAUGGUUCAUGACGCACCAACUAAGGGCUUUGCUUGCCGUGGCUCCCAACAUCCAGCACUUGUUUUUGGAAAAAUGCCUCUUUAGCGAUGGUGACUUCGAGCUGCCGAAGUUGACGAAGCUGGUGCUCGUGGACUGCUUCCUGAAGCUUGAUGACCUCACCAACCUUCUCAAGACCUCCUGCCUGGAGAAGUUCGUGCGGUCUGGCUACCGGCUUCGCGAGGUUGGUCAAGCCACCGCCGAGUCUAUGGUUGGCCUGCUCCGCCGGUCAAAGCAGACACUGCAGCAUCUGGAGAUCGACUUGAGGAAGGGGAACGCUUCGACCCCACGCACAGUCUCAUGUUAUCUACCCACUACACGUCCAGCCACUGCCCCUGCAGAAUAUAUCCGGUCACUCAAGGAUUUCCCACAACUCAGAAUAGUCAAGCUAUCCCAGGACGCUUUCUACAAGCCACCAGGACUCUGA